AUGGAUUUGGAUGUUUUUAAUCGCUCUGAGUGGAACGAUUCUCAACAUCCUCAUACAGUUUAUUCAAGUAAUCCUUCUACAGGACAUUCGAGAAUGACUUCUGAGGGAUGUUCAGAAAUACCAUCUCCUAAUUCAUCAUCAGGGAGCUCAAUGGAUUCAAGCACAGAUGGAUGUACAAUAGAAAAAAUGGGAUCUAAAAUGAGUGAGUAUCCUGGAAAAUCAGAAACAAAUUUUAAUCAGAUACCCGUCAGUGCACCAGAUAGUUUCUCCGACCAAAGUCUGAACAAUUCAACUGCCCCAUUUUCAAGCCAACAAGGUUAUACAAAUCCUUCUUAUGACAAUAAUCCAUCUGCUACAUCAUAUCUACCAGGUACAACCUCAUUCAAUAUCGAUUAUGCAAGUCAAAUGCAAAGUCCUUAUAUUUCUGGGAAUCCUUCUUCACAAAAUCCCCAAACAAAUUAUUGCCCAACUAUGCCACCACCAGGUGGGAUUUCAUUUGGUAGCAACCCAGUGAACACGAAUCAAGGAUCUGUAUACCCGAUGUUCAACGAUUUCCCUACUCCGAUUUCAUCUCAGUCGAAUGAGUUUUCUGUCUCUUCCAGAAUUUAUGGGUUUGCAGAAUCAGCUCCACACGAAGAUAUAAUGAAAUCAACAUUAAGACCUAAAGAAGAUUUCUGUGUUGAACAUGACUGUGAACAUAUAAUGAGUGCUCUGGAUAGAAUAAAGAUAAAAGAAAAAGUGGUCAUUGAAGUAAUGGGUCGUCGACCUGUUGUUCAACGUAUAGCAAUUUUACAAAAAUAUAAAUCUCUGUAUAAAGAAAAUUUACGCGUCAAAUUUAAUACUAACUUCACUGGAUAUUUAAAAUAUUGUUUGAUUGCGUUGUGCUAUACACCAGCAGAAUUCGAUGCAAUUGAACUUCGUAGAGCAAUGAGAGGAACUGAUACUGAUGAAGAUACAAUAAUUGAAAUUAUUUGUACAAGAACAAAUGAACAAAUCAGAAGAAUCAAGGAUGUUUAUCCAAAAUUAUUCAAUGGACGUGAUUUAGAAGAUGAUGCCAACAAUGAUACUGAAAAUCCUUUUAAAUCAAUAUAUAUAGCUUUACUAAAAGCGAAUAGAGAUGAAUUUACAUUUAUAAAUGGAAAUCUUGUACAAAGAGAUGCGGAAGUAUUAUUUAAUACAUUAAAACAAGACAUUAGGAUAGAUGAAUCGAAAUCUUAUGCUCACUUACGAGUUGUAUUCAAUGAAUAUAUACGAAUUGGUAGACAUACUGUGGAAGAUACUUUAAAGUUCAGAAUGAGUGGAAAUACACUCAGUGCUCUACUUUCUAUAGUUCGUUGUAUACAAAAUAAACAACGAUAUUUUGCAGAAAAAUUAUUUAAAGCCAUGCAAUGUGCUGAAACAGCCGAUAAAGCACUUAUCCGUAUUAUCGUCACUCGUUGUGAAAUUGAUUUGAAAAAUAUAAUGAAAGAGUUUUAUAAAAUAACAGAAACAACUUUGGAUGAAUGCAUAGAUUUUAAUAGUUGGCAUAAUGGAAACGACUCAUCAAACAAGAUAAAUCUAUUUAUUGAUCAAAGUUUAUUGAAUACAACACCAAUGAUUGAAGUCGUCAAACAAUUACGAAAGUAUUUACCUCGUUUAACAGACAAUGUAUUAAUAAAUGACAAUAUUGUUCACAUUUAUUUUCUCUCUCCCUUCCCUCUCUCUAUGCCUCCACCAUCUACUUCAUUUGUUUUAUCUCCUACGAAAAUGUAG